GAUCUCCAUAGCCGCGGAAAUUCGAGAAGGAAAAGGAAAGAUCGAACUCCAUAGCUGCGGUCUUCGAGAUAAGAUAGAGAAAUCAGUUAUUUUAAGAAUGUUUUUGGAAUGUUAAAGUUUUGAAAAGAGUACUUUGUUGGGUAUUUGUGAUCAAUGGUGGAAAAUUGAUUUUUAAAGUUUUAGUUUCAAAUCAGGAUAAUUGUUUUGUCAAUUCUUAUCAAGUUACACUAUGUCAAGGUUCAUCUUACAAAAUAACUUGCCCUGUUAAUUCUUUGAUAAAUAUUCAAAGUGCUACAUAUGGCAGUCUAAAUUAUUUACCAACAUGCUCUUUAACAUUGAUCAAUGAUUCAAUGUCGAAACUGUGCAAUAGAAAUAACAGUUGUUUUAUUGAAUUUAAUAAUAAAGUAUUUGACAUGAGUUCUUGUCCGAACAUCAAUAUGUAUGCUGUUAUUAAAUAUAUUUGUUAUCCACUGAAUUGUAUAAAAAACACAACUCGUGGUCUUUGUUGUACUUUUCCUUUUGUAUACCAAUCAGUGACAUACAACGAUUGUACGACUGCUAAUUAUGAUGGAAAACUAUGGUGUUCAAUGAAUUAUACUUAUGACAAAAUAUGGGGCGAUUGUUUAGGAUGGUGCAAUGGAUUUAGCUCUGAAAUAGAAAACGAUUGUUUUGGAAAUCAAAGUCAUGCAGUAACAAUUUAUGAAAAUACUUCGUAUGCAGUAACAUGUGUAGGGAAAUCUUUAUUAAAAAUUCAGAGUGCUAUGUAUGGUAGUCAAGAAAAAACAAUAAAAUGCAUUUUAAAAAAUGUUACUGAUGUUGUUCAAAUAUUGUGCAGUAGAAAUAGCAGCUGUUUAAUUGAAUCCAGCAAUGCAUUUUACGGAGGCGACCCUUGUCCUGGUAUCAACAAAUACACUAUUGUUAACUACUUAUGCUUUCCCGAAGAUAUCGCACCUGUUACAAAAACCUCAUCUCAAUUUGCAUCAAUAAUGAGUUUAGCUAUGGUUUCUGAAAAAACUAUAUCACUGAAAAUAUCUUCCAGUUCAUUAUAUUCAGAACUGGCUUCUGAGGCUUUAACCUUUUCAACCAAUGGAGUAUACAGUGUUGGAAUUGAAGUUGCAAAUCCUGCUACUAUAGCAUUAUCUUAUAUGGCAUCAAUAACAUCUUUAAGCACGUUAACUGAUUCACUGAAACCAACUCCAAGUUUACCAAAUUCAGAUCUUGCUUCUACAACGCAAGCUUUAUUGGCGAUUACAUCAAACAACUUAUCAUUAAAAACAUCUGCUAAAAUGACUUCAUCUCAAUUUGCAACAAUAAUCAGUUCAGCUAUGUUUUUUAAUAAAACUAAAUCAAUCAAAAUAUAUCCCAGUUUACCAUAUUCAGAUUGUGAUUCUAGAGUACAAGCUUUAUCAACAAUUGAAAUGUUUCGUGUAGACUUAGAAGAAUGGGCGAUGUGGGGCGAGUGUUCUGCAACAUGCGGAGAAGGAAGUAAGACUAGAUAUUCCUUAAAAAGUGCUAAAAUUCCUUCAAAAAGAAUAGAAAAUUGCAUUGAAAUGGACUGUCCAGUUGACGGGAUGUGGGGAAGUUGGACAAGAUCUCCAAAUUGCAGUAAUCCAUGUCCUAGUGGAGUAGUAACAUAUAACAGAAUGUGCAACAGUCCAUCUCCAGCGUAUAACAGUCUCGAUUGCAUGGGUAUCAAGAGUUAUACUGAAGACUGUCAAAAUAAUAUUAUAUGUCCAGAAUGGUCGGAUUGGUCAUUAUGCAAUCAACCAUGUGGUGGUAAUAGUGUAGUAUCUAGAUUCCGUAAUUGUUUUAAUCCAAAGAAGAGUGGUUUGGUGUUUUGCAAAGGAAUUAAUACAGAAACUAGAGCUUGUGUUUUCAAAAAAUGUGAAACAGUAGACCUUAAUUUGUUCGUAAAUUUAUCAGAUGUGGAAUACCUUGAUCAAUAUUCUAAUCUAACUAGCAAGCAAUCAUUAGAACUCAAAGAAACAAUAAAAAAUGCGAUAAGCAGGCUUUACAAAUAUUCAAAAAGAAGUGUUACUCUUAGUAUUGUAAUACAUUCAAUUAAAAAACGAUCAACAUUAAGAGAAGGAAUUCGACCUAAAAAUUUAAAAGUUGGGUAGCCGUUUACGGACUUUCGAGUUUACGGACUUAUUACAAAGCAAACGAUUAGGAAAUGGAUGGAAUUCAUUUAAAUGAUGGUUCAUCAGAUCCACCGGUUGCCGUAUAUGGACUUUCGACGAAAGAGCUCUUUAUUAUAACAAAAGAAUAUUUUUCAAACCAUUCGCAAGUGAUCAUAGAACAUUUGGAAAAGUCAUCGACUGAAAAGAUUGGAUAUGUAAUUUCAAUUUGCGACAACAUGAGACCUACUACUUCUGUUUUAAUGACAAAAUUUAGAAUGAAAUAUAAGGAAGCAGCUCAACGACAAGAUUACUUUUUCAAAUGAACGAAAACUGGUUAAAAACUUUAGUAUAUUUUCAGAUUGAUGCAAAACGUGCAAUAGUAAAUAAAUCAACGGGUCGACCCACCAGAAGUUUCGAAACUUUAUCUGAUAGGUCCAAAAGAAGGAGGACUAAAGAGAUGCGUACGAAGUUCAGUCCUGCCGAACUAUCAUUUGCUACGCAAAUGAGUCUUCGAUCUUUAGGGCAUUCAGACGCUGCUAAGAUUGUGAAUGACGUUACACUGUCAAGUCCAUUCAAGGCAACAAAAUACAAGGAAAGUUUGCAAUUACCAUUAUCAUUGCCAGCCUUUUAUGAUGCAAAUGAAGCUCUUGCACUUUUAUUAGAGCUAAGUUUGACGAAAUAUUUGUCCAGCAUUUGAGAAAUCAGGCAAAAAAAAAAUGGCUUAAAUACAUUUAAUUCACCAUACUCAGCUGUAUUGGCAGCAAAAAAAUGUUGCUACUCUACAGACGACACCUUAAAUAUUACCGAAUCAAAAGCUGAGGUACAGUUGCAAGUUUUAUUAGGCCACACCAUUCAACGUAUUUUAUUGCUGAACCAAGACAAUAUUACAUAUAGGAGUGUUUCAGAAAUAUUAAAUGUGACUUUUAUUUGUAAGUGGGGCUUUGACGGAACAUCCGGACAAAGCAUUUAUAUCCGAUCCGAAUAUAUCAGAUGCAAGUUUACUUUUUACUUCGCUUGUUCCAUUGCAACUUGUAGGUGUAAAUCAAGAAACAAAAGAAGAAAAUCUCUUAUGAAGUAAUCCGAAGCCAUUUUCAACUCUCUUUUGCAGAACUCUAAAAUUGCAAUUUACAAAGGAAACUGAGGAAACUUUUAUAAAUGAGAAAACGCAUUUUGACAAACAGAUUGAACAACUCCAACCAUUAAAAACAACCAUUCAUAUGAAAAAUGUUUUUAUUCAAUACAGUUUAAGUAUGACCGUGUUAGAUAAUAAAGUAUGCAAUGCUAUCACCUACACAAAACCUGCGCAACGGUGUUAUCUCUGCCAGGCAACUUCCAAGCAAUUUAAUAACAUUGAUGAAGUUUUGCAAAGACCGGUAACCACUGAUUAUCUACAGUACGGACUGUCAACUCUACACGCCUGGAUUCGAUGUUUUGAAUGUUGUAUUCAUUUGGGAUACAAAAAAAAAUACGAAAAAAUGGCAAGCGCGUAAAGAAGAAGAUAAGCAGAAAAAAGCAACAAUAAAAGCUAGCAUCUAAAAAACUUUCAAACAGCAACUAGGAAUUUUAGUCCACAUGCCAAAGCAAGGGUUGGGCAGCACGAACGACGGAAACACCGCUCGACGUUUCUUUGAAAACACUCAAACGUCGUCCUUGAUAACUGGUGUUUCCGAAGAAUUAAUCCACCGUUUUCAUAUAACUUUGCAAACAAUUUCAAGUGGACAUGAAAUUGACGUUGAAAAGUUUCGAGGUUACGUCUUACCAACUGCAAGACACUAUAUCAAAGAACAUCUCUAGUACAACAUGCCAACAUUAGUACAUAGAUUGCUGAUCCACGGACCAGAUAUUAUUUCUUCAGCCAUUAUACCCAUUGGUCAACUGUCCGAGGAUGCUCAAGAAUCAACCAAAAAGUUAAUAAAGCAAUAUCGUUUGGGUUUUUCUCGAAAGUUUUCAAGAGUUAAAACUAUGGAAGACGUGUUCAAGAGAAUGUUGGCAACCGCAGACCCCUACAUUUCAUCUCUGGGAAAAU